AUGGCGGGAGGGAGGAAGAAGUCAAAGAAGCGCCUGCCCAUAGCAAUGACGCUCUUCGUUCCCUUCAUUGCUUUCGCCAUGCCGGCGGCUCUGUCACAUCCUUCAUGCCCGCUGGCCAAGAAAGGCGACGCAGGCUCAGCAUUGCAGACAGCCGAGAUGCUGCGAGUGCAGGGAGACGAAGGAGGGGCGUAUCGAUGCUACUGGGCGGCGGCGGAGUGGAGGGAGGAUUGCGAUCCUGGGCUGUGGGAGAUGGUGGCUGGCAUGGCAGAGAGGACAGCGGGCAAGGGACCAGCACAGGAUGGUUACCUCCCCUGCUAUCAGCUCGGCCGAGCUGCUUCCUGCCAUGCUGGGGCGAUGGAUGCUCGGCUGGCCAGACACGUAGCGCAUGCUGAGUGCUACAGGAAGGUGGGCAAUAUGACCGGGGCCGCGCGCGCGCUGCGGGCGAUGCUCGACGACGACCUCGUGAGGAGGGAGGAUCCCGGAUCUUGCUUGCAUGCUGCUAACCAGGUCGCCGAGCUCGCCAUGUCAGGAGCAGUGCCAUGGCAGUUCGCGGAGGAAAGCUUCGAGAUGCUGCACAAAGGAUGGAGCGGGAACGGUUACUCGCUCCGCAGCUUCGGGCUGAUCAAGACGCAGGUCAACCGGGUGGAGGAAGCGCUCAGCCUCUUCCAGCAGUCCCUAAAGCUCCUCCCCGACCACUACACGCACAGUCAGGCCCUCGUCGCAUGCAACCAGCUGAAGCGCUUCGAUGAGGCUCUAGAGCACGCGAGGGCCUGCAUUGACCUGCAGCCCGGCAACCCGGAGUACCUCAGGAACUUCGGCUCUGCUCUCGUCAAGCUGGGCAGGUUCGAGGAAGCCCUGCCUCACCUCCUUCGCGCGCAGAAGCUCGUCCCCUCCGACCACUCCGUGUACAUCGAGAUCGGCUUCGCUCACAUGGGAGUCGGGAGGCUGGAGGAGGCAGCAGAGAUGAUGGAGAGAGAGAGCUUGCAGAGGGACUGCGACUGGUCCAAGUGGGAGCAGUACGCUCAGAUUGAGGAUCAGUUGUUGAGCAGGACUGCCAUGGAGAGGGUCAACAAGGGCCCUUUCUCCCUGCACGCCCUCCGGAACUUGACGCAAAGGGAAGCGCAGAAGAAAAUACCGGAGAUCGCUACUCCCCUCCCCCUCCCGCCUCCCCUCCUAUCCCCCCUCCGCGUCGGCAUGUUGUGGACGGGCACCUACGACUCUGAGUUUGCCAACAACGUCGUCUCCGUGCUCGAGAUGGAUCCGAUCCUACGUGCCAUCGAGACGAACCGGCUGCAGCUGUUCUGGUUUUCCAUCAACGACCAUGAAAGCGACGGCAUUGGCCAUUACAAGUCCAAGGAGCGGAUCCGCAAGCUGCUCGGCGACAGGUUCCUCGUCCUCCACACCGAGGUCCAGCGCCCCGACGAUGGGGCCAAGCACGAAGGGGUCGACUGCGCGUCUUCCAUCCGCAAGUUCAACCUCCACAUGCUCUUUAACCUCCCCGGAUGGCUCAACGAGGCCACCAUGUCGGUCAGCGCUGCCAUCCCUUGCGCCCUUCAGGUUGCCUUCAAAGGAUACGCAGGUACCCUAGGAGCCUCCUACGUGCAGCACCUCCUGACCGACAGGAUCUCGAGCCCUCCGGAACUCUCACACGGCUACACGGAGAAGCUGGUGUACAUGCCGCACUCCUUCUACCCUGUCGGCAACUUGCAGACGUACAGGAGAGACAGCCGGGCGGGGAUCGCUGUCGACCGACCGCAUCAGCUGCGAGAGGAGCUUGGACUUCCUGCGCAGGGAGCCUUAGUGUUCGGAGCUUUCAACGACCACUACAAGAUCGACCCGCAGCUGUUCCGGAUGUGGAUGCGCCUGCUGCGCAGCUCCAACGGCAGCGUCAUCUGGACGAUCAGGCACGGAGGGGAGGCGAUUCUACAGAAGGAGGCGGUGAAGGAGGGGAUAGACCCCGCCAGGCUGGUCAUUGCAGAGCCCUUCCCCAAGGUGGAGCACCUAGCCAUCAAGGGGUACAGCGACGUGUUUCUUGACACGCAUCUCUACAACGGCCACAGCACAACCUCCGACAUGCUCUGGGCUCAGGUGCCUGUCGUGACACUACCCGGCGAGAAGAUGGCUGCAAGGACUGCUGCAGGAAUCAUGGCCGCGGCGAACGCCGCCAUCGGCAUCGCGCGCAACCAUGACGAUUACUUUGAGCUGAGCAAGAGGCUAGCACAAGUUGCUCAAAGGCUAAGGGGAGCAGGUGAGAUUCUACAUAGAGAGCAGCUGUCCAACACGAAACUAUUUAACAUGAACCUUUUCGCCGACAACCUACUAAGGUGCAUGAGGAUCAUCGUCGAUGCGCAUGCAUCGUACCCGGAGAGGAAAUUUAACCUUGUUGUUGCAUCUGAAUGAACUUCAAGCGUUCUUCUCUUUCAAGCCCGCUUCGCCUUCAAGAAACACGCCAUGAGCUCCUGAAACUCCUUCUUGCAGACAUCCUUGUCGACGAGCUUCUGUGCCUGGAUGCAGCAUCUACCAUACACAAGAGCCGCUUCGCCGCAUGCCUUCAUCCUCCUCCCCAUCUCCCUCCCUUCCCUCACACCGCGACCGCCGUUCGCCAUGUCCGAUGC